AUGGUGGCCUCCUCUGAGAAUUCCUUAGCCCUGUUCGAACUGGAUGAGGAUGAGCUUUUCGACUUUGUCGUCAAAAAGGGACAUGGAGUAAAGGGAUUAGUCGACUCGGGCAUAAGCCAUAUUCCCUGUCGAUACAUCCACCCUCCUUAUAAGCUUGCCGACCUGAAAAAGGUCUCAAACUUUCCAACCUUGCCCCUUUUUGAUCUCUCUGGUCUCUGUGAUGGCUCAAUCAAGAGCACAAUUGCUCGAGAAAUCUGUGAGGCAACAAAGAAGUUUGGUUUCUUUCAAGUGAUCAACUAUGGCAUGCCCCUCGAGCUCCUCGAUCGCCUAAUGAAUUCAACACGCGAGUUCUUUAGAUUGCCGGCCGAAAAGAAGGCUUAUUAUUUGAAGGAGGUUUCACCUUUUGAGAAUGUUUAUUAUGGCACAAGCUUUGCUCCUCAAGCUGAGAAAUGGUUUGAAUGGAAAGAUUAUCUCAGCAUGUUUGGGAAGGAAGAGGAGCGUGCAUUUUGGCCACAAGAGUGCAGAGAUGUGGCUCAAGAGUACUUGAAAAUGCAAGAACCACUGAUCUAUUUCAUUAUGAAUUCUCUCCUAAAAGGGCUUGGAGUGCCCAUCGAUGAUGAGGCCAUAAAAUCAUACAUGGAGUCCCAGGCAGUUAACAUGAAUUACUAUCCUGUGUGUCCAAACCCCGAACUCACAGUUGGAGUGGGCCCGCAUUCGGACCUCGCGGCCCUUACAUUUUUGCUGCAAGAUGACAUUGGAGGUCUCCAUUUGAAGGUAGAAGAUGAGGGGUGGGUGGAGAUAGUCCCCACUCCCGGGGCUCUGAUAGUGAACGUAGGGGACACACUGGAGAUACUGAGCAAUGGAAGAUACAAGAGUGUGGAGCAUAUGGCAAGGGUUAGCAACACCAGAGAUCGAAUCUCGAUUCCUAUAUUCGUGUCACCUCGACCUGAAACCAGGAUUGGACCAUUGCAGGGGCUUGCUGAAAAAGAUGGAGGAGCCAUUUACAGAGACCUUGACUUCGGGGAGUACAUGAACAACUUCUUUUCUGCAGCUCACGACGGAAAGAAAACCCUGGAUUUUGCCAGAUCGAUGUUAGACCAAGAAUAA